AUGAGUAUAGAUGCAGAAAUAACUUCACUAAAUAUGGAAAUACCGAUAAAUUAUUUAGAUGUAGAAAUACCAAAAAAAACGAAAUUAGAUUUAAAGGAUAGGUACAAUAUUUAUUUUAAUUAUCAUGGAAGUGCUUUUGAUGAUAAUUCAGAAAAUAAAUCAAACUUAGACAAUUGUGAAAAUAUGAAUGUAAAUGAAGAAUCUCAUAAAAAUAUAGAAAAAGAAAGUAUGAAUAACUUAAAUAUUAAUUUAUCUGAAAAUUAUAAAAAGGUAGAUGAGAAAGAUGACUCUAAAUUUAAAUAUAUGGGAAAUGAGUUAAAUGAUAAUGAUAAAAUAUUAGAUAAUGAAAAGAAUGAUAUAGAAACUAUGACGAAAGAGGAAGAAAAAAUUAACAUUUCCGAAGGCUCCGAGAAGAAACUAUACUUACCUGAAAACCAAAAUAUAUCUUCUGAAAAUAAUAAAGAAAAUGAAAAAAUGAACAAUUUAAAUAAUCAUAAUGAAAUGGAUUUAUAUGCAUUUAAUGAAAUCGAAGAAAGAAAAAAAAGAGAAAAUGAAAAUUCUUAUAGCAAUUUAAAUGGAGUUGAUAACAUUGAACAAAAUGUACCAUAUAAUGAGAAUGAUGAAACAAAAAAUAAUAAGAUUAAUGUAGAUGAAGAAAUAAAUGAUAACAACGAAAAUAUAAUAUAUAAUAAUAAUAUAAUUAAUGACAAUGACAAUAAUUGCAAUUCACCCGUUGAAAAAUGUGAAAUCCCUGAAAAUGAAGAACAAACAAUUUGUAGCAAGAAUGAUAUAAAUGAAUACUCUCAAAAUAAUAUAGAAUUACAUAAAAUUAAGAAUAAAGAGUUAGAAAAAGGUAAAAAAGGUAAAAAUAAAAAUAAAUUUUUUUCUUUAUUCAAAAAAAAGGCUGCCCCUAAUUUAUGUUUUCAAGAAAAAGAAAUGAACAUAGAAGUAAAUAACAAAUCAGAUGCUUAUACGAAUGAUAAUACUGUGGAUAAAUCUGAUAUUAAUAAUUUAAAUGAGGGUGAUGUUUUAGAAGAGAAAAAAAUAUUAACAAUAAACAAUGAAUAUAAUAAUAAAAAUUCUGAAGAAAAUGUUCUUUCUAAUAAUUUAUCAAAUAGCAACGCUCAAAGCAGUUUAAAUGUAGAAUUUAUUGAUAUUCAUAAAGAUAAAAAUCAUUACGUGAAAAAUGAAAACAGUGAAUAUGAGAUAAACAGUAGAUAUAUUCGAGAUGAUCAUAUAUACUCUAUUAAAACUGAUGAUCACAUAAUUUUAGAUUUACAGGAACACAGAGAAAUUAAUUUUAAUGAAAGUGGAAAUUAUAAUAAAUUAAAUAAAGAAAAUAAGAAUUUUGCGGGAAAAACAGGAAAAAAAAUAUACAGUUUUGAAAAAAUAAAAUCCUUUGUAUCUAAUAACACAUAUUUAAAAGAUAAAAAGAGUUUUAUUAUAGAAAAGAAAUCAAAAAUAUCAAAAGAAGUGAAAUAUUUUUGUUUUAACUAUAGUAUGUUUUUAUGUAUCCUCUUAUAUAUGUUAUGUUUUUCGUUUGUAUUAACAUCACUACUAUCUGAUUCUUGGAAAAUUCAUGAGAUAACGUUGAAAUCAAAGAAUAAUGAAAAAUCAGUAUUAAUUCAUAUUGGAGCAACUACUAUAAGAAGAAUUCAAAAAAUUUCAGAAAAAAAUGGUGACGUAAACCUUUCUAUUGAUAAAGAACAAACAAUGGAAUCAUUAAUAAAUAAUGAAUUUUGUAAAUCAAUAAAAAAAAGUGAAAUGGAAAAUUAUUUAGUUAAUUUAGCUUCUGAAAAUAAAUUAAUAUCAAAUAGCAAUUUAAAAGAUAAUGAAAUAGAACUAACUGAUGAUAAUCUAAUUUCUGCAUUAAGAAAUCCUGGUGAUGUUGGAUUAUUAAAAGAUGAAAAACUUAUAAUGGCACGUAAAUAUAUUUUUGGACCUACUAUAUAUAAUUUGGAAUGUAAAUUUUUAGAAAAAUUAAAAAAAGCUGGGAAUUGUCAUAAAGUUCUUUUAUACGCAAUACUAAUCUUUUUAUUUAUAUCAAUCUUUUUAUUAUUAUAUGUUAUUCUUAAAUACAAAGUAAUAAAAAAUAUUCAAGGAUUAAAAUAUACUUCCUUUGUUUUAGUAAAUUUAGCAUUAAUAACAUUAAUUUCGUCCAUUUUUUCUAUAAACCGUGAAUAUAAUAUUCCUCUUUGUGUACAAAAUGACGGCAGCUCAGAUAUUUGUGUAGAUGGAAAAUCAAUUCAUUUGAUUCGUUCUACAAUAAUUUUAAUUAUUUUUUCAAAUUUAUUCUUUUCUAAAUUUUUAAACAAAUCACACAAUAAAAACAAUACAAUUGAAGAAUCUAUUGCCUCAUAG